UUAGAUGGGCCAUUAUUUGUGUCCAAGCCUAAGCCCUCUUCACUUACUGGGUUGGCGGUGCUAGGCCCCUUCUUCUCCGCUAGAUCUCUCCUCAUCGGCGACGACGACGACCCUCCGCGUUCCAGUUCCUCAUCUCAGUCUCUCGUAAACCUCUCUCUCUCUCUCUCUCGAUUUCAACGUUCAGCUCCAUUCACCUUUGCGAUUAGCGUUUCUCUAUCGGUUGAAAUUUUUCCGAAGGACAACAUGUGCCGGCAAAAUUCUCCAGUGCAUCGCGCCCGCGAAGAAGAAAUCGUAGCUGAUGAGAGCCUCUUGAUUUAUUGCAAGCCUGUUGAACUCUACAACAUUCUCUAUCGCCGUGGUCUUCAUAAUCCUACAUUUCUGAGGAGAUCUUUGCGCUAUAAAAUAAGAGCAAGGCAAAAAAAGAGGUUGAGAGCAGGAAUUGUGAUUUUCAACUACAGGGACCGUUGCAACAUGGUUCGGAAGACUGAAGUGACUGAAGACUUUUCUUGUCCAUUUUGCUUGAUGCAGUGUGCGAGCUUUAAGGGUUUGCGAUUUCAUCUUUGUUCAUCGCAUGAUCUAUUCAACUUUGAGUUCUGGGUUACUGAAGAUUACCAAGCAGUGAACGUCUCUGUGAAAAUUGACAUAUUAAGAUCUGAGAAUGUUGCUGAUGGAGUAAUACCACAAUCACAAACGUUCUUCUUCUGUUCAAGACAUCGAAAGCAUAGACGAAAGGACUCUGUUCAAAAUGAAAAGCGUGCCAAUGUAAAGUUCCUGGAGUUGGACUCACCAGAAGGCAUACAGAAUGGAUUUUUGCAGAAAGACGAUGAUAUCCUGUCCAGCAAAGGGGAGAAUAUGUCUAAAGCAUCUCAUACCGAGAAGAAUCUGCAGAAUGAAAGACACGGAGGGGGAAGUUUUGGUCCUGAUCCUCCUAGCCCCAUGGACUGCCUGGAACAUGUAGAAUCUAGUUUCAACAUUCCAGGAGUUUCCAUUGCCAUGCCCCAAUCUUCUGGGGACCCUGAAUGUGGUAAAACAAUAAAUAAAAAUGGUCCUGCUCUGCCUACCAAAGCAAAGAAGUUGAAUGUGGAUCGCUCAGACUCAAGGAAUCGCAUGCUCCUGCAGAAGAGACAGUUCUUUCACUCACAUAGAGUUCAGCCUAUGGCACUAGAUCAAGUGUUAUCAGAUCGUGAUAGUGAAGAUGAGGGUGAUGAUGACAUUGCUGAUCUUGAAGAUAGAAGGAUGCUUGAUGAUUUUGUGGACGUUUCCAAAGAUGAAAAGCAGCUCAUGCAUCUCUGGAACUCUUUUAUGAGGAAACAAAGGGUGCUGGCUGAUGGUCACAUGCCAUGGGCCUGUGAGGCAUUUUCGAAGCUUUAUGGAAAAGAGCUGAUCUCAUCCCCAGCUUUAUUUUGGUGUUGGAGAUUAUUCAUGAUCAAACUUUGGAAUCACGGUCUUCUUGAUGCUUCCUCAAUGAACAACUGUAGUAAAAUAUUAGAUAGUUUCAGAAACGAGGGAUCGGAUACUGGCAAAAAAUAAUGACCAGAAAGAAACUGACUCGGCCGUAAGAGUAUACAGUCUUCACCUGCCCUGUAUCUUAUUGAUUGCAGGAUUCCAUUUUCGGAUUUGUAUAAUUUAUUAUUUUUAAUCUAUCAUUUUUUUUGAAAGUUUUAAUCUAUCAUUGGACUAUACAUUGUAUCAACAUUCCCAAUGUAUGAGAUUGAAAUUUAGGUGGUCCCCUUCAGUGAUGUUUCUUAAUCAUGUGUUGUCUCAAAUGUAAAAUUUCUUUCAUAUAAUUACAAAAAUGUAUAAAGUACUUACACAACAUGAUAUUUUACAUUUUACUUUGUCA